AGCAUAUCUCCAUCAUUGGCAUUCACCAUCACUAUGAAGGGCUUCACUGCUUUUGCCAUCCUUGGUCUAGCAGUCACUGCUUGGGCUACCUCGCCAUAUGGCAAGUCAGGGUUUCUUUCCAAUAGUCACGUGUUUAUGUUAACUGUGAACUGUUCCAGAUACAUUAAAGGCUUAAAGACUGCAUGCCCAAGAGACUGGAGACCAAUAUGUGGCACAGAUCAGAAAACUUACAGUAAUGAAUGCAUGUUUUGUAUGCAAAACCAAGAUCAAGAAUUACAACUCAGAAAACUUCAUGAAGGUAAAUGUAUUCAGUGUACCAGGUAUUCUGAGGCAUGUACCAUGGACUACACACCUCACUGUGGAUCUGAUGGAAAUGUAUAUUCCAACAGAUGUACCUUUUGCAAUGCUGUUGUGAAGAGCCAAGGUGCAAUUUGGUUGAAAAAUUAUGGAUUGUGCUGAAUCUCCCUGAUGCUUAAGGAUAUCAAGUCUCCUUUGGCAGAUUCCACUUAGAUAACCAGUUUGUCUUGGACAGCUGAGGAGGCAAGCAAUAAUCUGGUACAAACAUGGAUUUGAGUCUUCAAUAAAGUAUUCUCAGCAAGGAA